AUGGGAUUUAGCUCGUUCUUCUCCUCAAUCCUGGGCACGAGGCCCAAAGAUACACCUGCUGCUCAGCCAGCUCCUCGGCCUCGACGCGAUCAUCAUCUUGCCGUGAGUUCUACUCACGAUGCCCGACCGGAGGAUCGUGGCCGUGAGGAGGGCUCCAAACCAACGACAGCCUUACCGAGCGCUUUGCCACAAGCCGCACCGCAACCAGCGAAACCGACUCGGGAAGAAACGAAGGGAGAGAGGAAGAGCAGAAGAUUUAGCAUGGUACGACCGGAGAACCAAUCGAAAAAACGUCGAAGCUGGUUUGGCGGCUCCCCUGAUCCUGACGAAGAUAUCCCCGCUGUGCCCAGGCUGGUUCAGACAAGUGGCCAUGACCGUGGGAGCUCGAGAGACACAACAGUCCAGACCGGAACGGUACCCACAACAGGCGACAAUGCAGCCAAGUCGGCAUCCACGCACAAGACAAAGCGCUUCUCCAUAGGACGCGUUCUGACUGGGGGGGAGAAGAACUCCCAAGCGGACAAUUUAUUGUCGCCUCGACGGCCGUCGUUUAGCUUGCGACGGCAAUCAUCGAGCAAACAGGGACGGGUGACUGUAGAAACCUUGCCACCGCUACCGGCGAUGCCAAUUUCGGUCUCGCAGCCAACAAAGCCUGCCACGGCUUCAUUGCCCUCUGCCAACCGUCGUAACGCUCCUUCUGUCAAGUCUAUCCACAGAAGCAACAGCUCUAAGCGGAGAUCGCGGGGCUUCUGGGCAUCUUCCAACCCUGACGAUUCGGAAUCUGAUGUGCCACCAGUGCCAGGCCUGACGAGAGAUCGUAACCCAGAGUCUGAUGAUGCCGAUGACGAAGAAACUCCCACCACAAGGCUUGUACACACGAUGUCUGGCGGCGAAGAUGCCAAGCAACCGCGACCACUGAGCGUGAGCUCAAGGAAGUCAUACGUCCCGAAAGCUGCUGCGAAAGGUUUCCUCACUUCCACCAACGGUGCCUCGGAUGCCACGCGCAUGAGUUACCGGAAAUCCUUCAGGAUAGACUCCACUGCAGACUUGAUCUGUCUUACCGAGGACCAGCGGCUAGAGUGGUCCAAAUUGAUGAACGAGCCACAUCGAUCUUACGAGCAGCCAACGAAGACGGCUGAACCCGUCAAUGAGGAGGAGAAGUUCUCAAAUGCACAGGCGUUGGCUGCGCUGGAAUUUGGAAUCCGAGCUUAG